CACACACACACACACACACACACACACACACACACACACACACACACACAAACACACACACAAACACAGACACACACACACACACACACAGACAGACACACACACACACAAACAUGGUCGCUUCGAUACUCACAGUGAAUCAGCGAGAAGCUCAGAGUUCCAACAAACAGCAGCUGCUCUCAGGGUUCGAGGUCGAGGAGCGACACGAGAAAAACGCCACAGGGGGUUAGGGUUAUAUAUUUAUAUUUAUGUUUAUAUGUGUGAGUUUAUAUUACAGUAUUUAUAUAUAAAUAUGUUGCUGGUAGAAGGACUGUGAGGCGCAGAGAUCUGAGGAGACACUGAGACUUUAAUAGAAGAGUUGAUGAGAAACAGGUGAGGAGGAACAAUCAGGCUGCAGGUGUGUGUGUGUGUGUGUGUGUGUGUGUGUGUGUGUGUGACUGUGUGUGUGUGUGAACUGAGGGUCACCAACAGUCUCUUAGAAAAUGAAAUAAAAGUUUUAAUCUGAUUUUUAGAAACAAACGUCCGUUUUGAACAUGAAAAAUUCACCCGUUAGUGUUUCUUUAUUUUUAAACAUGAAUGUGCAAAAAUAACGAGAACUUCACCGACACGACGUUUGUUUUCUUUGAACCUUUUUGUUCCUGAUAUAAAGAAAAAUAAAAAUUUAAGACUUUAAAUCUUUAAAUGUGAAAAUAAAACAGAUGAAAUAAAAACGACAGACGUCCUCAGAACAAAGUCGGAGCUGACGGUUAAAUCAGAGUCGAUGUUUCAUGUGAACUUUUCUAACCCUUUAAAAAAAAUCUCACCUUUAAGACUUUGACCAGUUUGGCUCCGCCCCCUUUCCUCCAAACGACGUCACUCAAUAACUAUAUUUGUCUGUCUCAGGUGAGCGGUUCCUGUCCGUCCCUGAGCUGAAGAUAGGACAGAUGAGCAUCCGUGGCGCUCGAUUGGCCAUCCAAAUAGUCCCCUCCUGGCGCCAUGGCGACCUGUGUUUCUCCUUCUCUCAUUGGCUGACAGGGCAUCAUGUGGGUGUGCUGCAGCUCUUCGUCAGGAGGAAGGGAUCGGGGCAGAGGUGAGCUUCAACAACGACGUCAGAUUAACCGACAAUGAUGUUGGAGUCUGAUUUCUGAUUGGCUCUUCAAGGUAUGGCCCCGCCCUCUGGACCAGAACAGGUGCGCACGGCUGGAGACACACGCAGGUGUCCUUGACGACGGACACGGUGGACAAGGUGAAUUAAACGACGAGGAGAAACGAGACGUUUGAUUUUAUCUGUGUUUGUCUGGACUGACAAGUGUGUGUCUGUGUCUGUGUGUGUGUGUCUGUGUGUGUCUGUGUCUGUGUAUGUGUGUGUGUGUGUGUCUGUGUGUGUGUGUGUGUCUGUGUGUGUCUGUGUGUGUCUGUGUGUGUGUGUGUGUGUGUGUGUCUGUGUCUGUCUGUGUGUGUGUGUCUGUGUGUGUCUGUGUCUGUGUAUGUGUGUGUGUGUGUGUCUGUGUGUGUGUGAGUGUGUGUGUGUGUCUGUGUGUGUCUGUGAGUGUGUGUCUGUGUGUGUCUGUGUAUGUGUGUGUGUGUGUGUCUGUGUGUGUGUGAGUGUGUGUGUGUGUCUUUGUGUGUCUGUGAGUGUGUGUGUGUGUGUGUGUGUGUGUGUGUCUGUGUGUGUGUGUGUCUGUGUGUGUGACUGUGUGUGUGACUGUGUGUGUGUGUGUGUGUGUGUGUCUGUGUGUGUGACUGUGUGUGUGUGUGACUGUGUGUGUGUGUCUGUGUGUGUGACUGUGUGUGUGUGUGUGUGUGUGUGUGUGUGUGUGUGUGUGUGUGUGUGUGUGUGUGUGUGUGUCUGUGUGUGUGUCUGUGUGUGUGUGUGACUGUGUGUGUGUGUCUGUGUGUGUGUCUGUGUGUGUGUGUGACUGUGUGUGUGUGUGUGUGUGUGUGUGUGUCUGUGUGUGUGUGUGUGUGUGUGUGUGUGUGUGUGUGUGUGUGUGUGUCUGUGUGUGUGUGUCUGUGUGUGUUCAGGUGAUGCUGAAGGCUGAGAGAAGGAGAGGACGGCGUGGACAGAUCGCUGUUGACGAUGUUUCACUGAAGCGAGGCGUCUGUAACUCGGUCACAUUUACUUAAAGGACGAAUUCACUAAUUUAAUGAUUUUAUUUUAAUAUUUUAUUCAGUCUGUGGUGUAGAUCUAGAGUGUUCGGUUCUACGCUGGAGUCUGUGGUGUAGAUCUACAGUGUUGUGUUCUACGCUGGAGUCUGUGGUGUAGAUCUAGAGUGUUCAGUUCUACGCUGGAGUCUGUGGUGUAGAUCUACAGUGUUGUGUUCUACGCUGGAGUCUGUGGUGUAGAUCUAGAGUGUUCAGUUCUACGCUGGAGUCUGUGGUGUAGAUCUACAGUGUUGUGUUCUACGCUGCAUCAAACACAAAGAUGAAGACGUUGGCUCUGUGGUUGGACUCCAGCUGGACUCAGUGGAGGAUGUGGUGGAGAGAUCUACACUGAGGAAGGUGGAGACUAUUCUGAAGAACAUGGAUCACCCACUUCACGACACCCUGAUGGACCAAAGGACCGAUGGUGGUGGACGGAUCUUCUCUGUUCACUGCAGGACAGAAAGAUUCAGAAGAUCUUUGGACUUAAUAACUCUGCUGUAAAUACAAGAAAACUUUUAGAGACACAAUAAAUGAGACGACAGAAAAUUAAAUUUCCCGUCAUGAAUUAAUAAAGUUAUUCUGAUCCUUAAA